GUGCACCUGUGCAGCUGUCGUGAGUGGCACGCGGACGCGGUGGUAGCAGAGCGAGCGAGGGCGGCUACACGGAGGAGUUUCAUCGGUUUAACUCCUGAUUUACGGGCUGUUGAGACGGAAAAUCCAGUUAAAUCAGCAGGAACUUUGAGGGGGAAAUCUUUCAGCUCUGCGACUGUUUUAAAAAGGUUCUGUCCGUGGAGUACAACAGGAGCAGUAGCCUGUUGGAAAUCAGGCCAUCACAGUGCCGUUUAUUCUGAAAUGAGACAAAACCUGUCCUGAAGGCACUUACGGUCACUCCAUGCAACGCUAUCCACCUACCUUCGCUCCAAUGGACCCUCAAGUGGUCCCGCCCCCUCUGAGCAGCAGCCAAUCAAUGAUCAGCGGCCUUGAUAAAUCACCGGCCAGCACGUUCAAACCGGGCCACUCACGGAGCAGCAGCACAGGAUCCUCCAAACAAUCAAAACAGUCUCGUCACUGGGAGGUGUUAGAUGAUCUGCAGAACAUGGACAUGUAUUCAGUCCCUGGAUCAACUCUGGACCUCAGUAUUCCUGGGAUCUGUGAGGGAUACCUGAUGAAGAGGAGGAAGUACCCGCUCAAAGGCUGGCACAAGAGAUACUUCUUGUUAGAGAAAGGAAUUCUGAAGUACUCCAAGACGCAGCAAGAUAUCCAGAGAGGGAAGCUUCAUGGCUCACUGGACGUCAGUUUAGCAGUUAUGUCCAUCAACAAGAAGUCCAAACGUAUCGACCUGGAUGCUGGAGACAACCUCUACCACCUCAUGGCAAAGAGCCAGGACCUCUUCUACAUCUGGUUGACCAAGCUUUGUGCCCAUCGGGUGUUCAGGAAAAAUGAGGCGAUGAGCGUCCAUCAUGGCGUCCUUCACGCUCUGUCUAUGGGUCCAACCAACCUGCCAGCCAUGGCAACACUGGCCCAGCAGAACAGAGCAAUGCUUCCUCAUUACGCCAGCUCAGCAUCCAUUUACCAACCAGAGAUGAUAAACCCCACACCCGCCUCCAUCCCCACCAUGGCCUCCAACCCUGCCAUGGCCUCCAUCCCCACUAUGGCCUCCAACCCAGGUGUGACCAACAAGGUGUCAGCCUGGCUGCAGCAGACCCACGACAUCGACGCUACAUCAAACGACCUGGCUCGCUGUCAGACCGAGCUCACAGAGCUCGCUCAGCUCAUUCAGCGCCUCCACUGGCUCGAAGGGGGACUGCCGAUCACAAACACAGACCUGGAGAUGAGGAUCAGCAUGCAGAAUCUCACUCUGGAGAAACCAAAGAAGAAGCCAGGGAAAGUGUUUGGUCACUCCAGGACUUUGUCCCGUGUUGAAGCUCUGGGAAUGUUCAGUUCCAGUCACCUGAGCACAAACGGCAGUUCUGGUUUGGGAGCAUCCAUUCAGUCCAUCCCUGACUACGUCUACUCUCAGCUAUCCAACCCCCAGGUGACCUCACCUGAGGCCAAGAAGCUCCACCAAGACAUCUGCACUGUUUCUCAGAGAAUUCAUACUUCCCUGAAGUCCAUCCAUGAUGUUUUAACCUUUGAGAGAGAGAGACUGAGGCAGGCCUGGACUGGACCAGACCUGAGACAGAACACCUCGCAUCAGCUCGCCACUCUCUGCAGCACGCUGUCCGAGCUUGACAUACAGUCACGUCUGACCAAAGUCCACUCGCUUUCCCUGUCCUCUGACUCUACCGACGAAUCCUUCUGCACCGUCCGUCCUGACCAGAGGACUCCAUCCAUGGGUCGUCACAGUCAUCGGGCGCCGUCUGUGGCAGAUUCUAUGGCCGAGUAUUUCGACGCCAGCGAGGUGAUCGUGUGUGAGACGUCGUCUGAAGCCGAGGCGUCUGAUGAGUCGGGUCUGAGUGACAUCACGACCACGAGCAACUCCGAGCCAGAAGAGGGACACACCACGGCCACCCUCAACUACAGAGCAAGUCUGAACAACGCUCAGGAGAGACCGAGCCCAGUGCCACCCAGUACCGGCCGUCGCACCACCCUCCCCGCUCCAGGAACAGACAACAGCCACAUCGGCAUCAUGACCAUCCUGUACAACAACAUCGGGAAGGAUCUGUCCAGAGUGUCGAUGCCGGUGGCUCUGAACGAGCCAGUGUCUCUGCUGCAGAGACUCAGCGAGGAGCUCGAGUACACCGAGCUGCUCGACAUCGCAAACCACAUCGACGACCCGUUUGAGAGGAUGGUGUACGUGGCAGCAUUCUCCAUCUCCGGUUACGCCUGGGCCACCUGGAGGUAUCGCUACAAACCCUUCAACCCGGUCCUGGGAGAAACCUACGAGAGAGAAGACCGAGGCUUUAAAUUCGUCAGCGAGCAGGUCAGCCAUCAUCCUCCCAUCUCUGCGUGUCAUGCUGAGGCAGAAAACUUCACCUUCUGGCAAGAUCAGAGAUGGAAGAACAAGUUUUGGGGGAAGUCAGUGGAGAUCAUCUCGUCUGGACCCGUAAACGUCUCACUGCCAAAUUAUGGCGAUCACUACGAGUGGAAUAAGGUGGUAACGUGUAUCCACAACGUGCUGAGUCAGCAGCGCUGGUUGGAGCACUACGGCGAGGUGGUGAUCAGAAACUUGAAGAGCGACGUUUGCACCUGUAAGAUCACGUUUGUCAAGUCUCGCUACUGGAGCUCUGAUAACAGUAAGAACGAGGUGCAGGGCGUCGUUCUGGAUCAGGCUGGGGAGGUGGUCCAUCGUUUUGGAGGUCUGUGGCAUGAAGGAAUCUUCUGUGACACCCUGCCGACACCAAAGUGCAUCUGGAAGCCCAACGUGCAGCCUGACGACCACUUCCAGUUCUAUGGCUUCUCGCAGUACACCAGAGAGUCAAACGAGCUGACGCCACAGCUGGAGGCUGUCCUCCCACCCACAGACACCCGGUUCAGACCGGACCAGAGGCUCCUGGAGGAGGGUAAAGUAACGGAGGCCGAUAAGAAGAAGGACGAGGUGGAGCAGAAGCAGCGAGAGAGGAGGAAGGAGAUGGAGAAGAGAGGAGAGGAGCACAUCCCCAGGUUCUUCAAUAAAUCUGUGGAUGAAGCCGGCAGAGAAGUCUGGCUCUAUAACGGAACCUACUGGAACAUUCGCAAAGAUCCGGGCUUCGCUAACACAGAAAACCUGGACCUGUGGUGCUGAGGCUGAAGACACUUUAAAUAGAAACUAAUCAUAUGUAUAAUAUGAAGACAACCCCUCUGUAUGAUCAACUAUACUCUGUUUUUACUGUAAUCAGUGCAAAGAUUCAGCUGUCAGUAGAGGAAAAGGCUCACAGAAGCAUAAAUGAACCUCUGAUUAGAGAUGUAGAGGUGAGAUGCCGCUAAAGAACAAAUGAAGACUGAUUCAGAUGAAGCCGGAUGUCUUUCCAGCCUUUCAUCGACCUCGAACCACAGUUUUAACCUAAAAUCAUUAAAGAAAUCUUCAUUUUUUAUCACAGCCAUGGAGGAAAUGAGAGGGUAGAAUCACGCCCUGGUUACGUUAGACUCCCCUCAUGAGGGACAAAUGUAAGAUUGUGUUUUAACUUUAUGUUAAAUAUUUUAUUCAGGCUCUUUUUUUUUCCUGCUGAGGGAUUAGAACAGAUGAAAGCUUUUAUUCUGGGUUAUUUCUGUUGUUUUAGGGUGAACUGGUGCGUCUUUCUCAGAGGGUCUUUAUGUAUAAACGUAUUUGUAAAGUCACUUUGUAUUUUAUGUGGCACUGCGUCGGUUUGUUGUAAUAAUCCUGUCAGACGUUUUAAAAUCACGAGUUUAUAAAGAUUAGGAAGAAUUUAAAGACUGACGGACUUCAAAUGAUCUCUUCUGCUCUCAGUUGAUGCGAUGACGUAUUUUUAUCGAUGUUUCAACACAUGGUUUUAUUAAGGAAAAGAGACGACUGUUAAAAUGUUUUUUCUUCAUGUUUUUGUUUCAAAUAAAAGAUUCGACCAUC